UCAUUGCGUCACCCACACGGUCCGCGCUCGUGGCUGGAACGGGGGACCGGACCUUGUUAAGUAAGGUGUUUCUCGGGCCUUUCUGUCGCAGCGCGCCCCGGGUCUAAGCAAGGUGGGACUGGCGUGUUUCCCUCGGCUGCUUGAGUUGGAGCUAGACCUUCCUCCCCGCCACCCAGCGCCGGUGGGAACCCCGUGGACAGACCCCGCCCCCUUCCCGGCGGCGACUCCGGGUCCCCUCCCCGCCCCUGCCGGCGGGGACCCCGCCGUUCGUCCGGUCAGGCCCCGCGCACCUGCCAGGACCAUGAAGCUCGUGAGGAAGGACAUUGAGAAGGACAACGCGGGCCAGGUGACCCUGGUGCCCGAGGAGCCCGAGGACAUGUGGCACACCUACAACCUGGUGCAGGUGGGCGACAGCCUGCGCGCCUCCACCAUCCGCAAGGUGCAGACCGAGUCGUCCACGGGCAGCGUGGGCAGCAACCGCGUGCGCACCACGCUCACCCUCUGCGUGGAGGCCAUCGACUUCGACUCGCAGGCCUGCCAGCUGCGGGUGAAGGGCACCAACAUCCAGGAGAACGAGUACGUGAAGAUGGGGGCGUACCACACCAUCGAGCUGGAGCCCAACCGCCAGUUCACGCUGGCCAAGAAGCAGUGGGACAGCGUGGUGCUGGAGCGCAUCGAGCAGGCCUGCGACCCGGCCUGGAGCGCCGACGUGGCGGCCGUGGUCAUGCAGGAGGGCCUGGCGCACGUCUGCCUGGUCACGCCCAGCAUGACCCUCACCCGGGCCAAGGUGGAGGUGAACAUCCCCCGGAAACGCAAGGGCAACUGCGCCCAGCACGACCGGGCCCUGGAGCGCUUCUACGAGCAGGUGGUCCAGGCCAUCCAGCGCCACAUCAACUUCGAUGUCGUCAAGUGCGUCCUGGUGGCCAGCCCGGGGUUCGUGCGGGAGCAGUUCUGCGACUACAUGUUUCAGCAGGCCGUGAAGACGGACAACAAAGUGCUCCUGGAGAACCGGUCCAAAUUCCUGCAGGUACAUGCCUCCUCUGGACACAAGUACGCCCUCAAAGAAGCCCUCUGUGACCCUGCGGUGGCCAGCCGCCUUUCAGACACGAAGGCUGCGGGCGAAGUGAAGGCCUUGGAUGACUUCUAUAAAAUGCUACAGCACGAACCUGACCGAGCUUUUUACGGACUCAAGCAGGUGGAGAAGGCCAACGAGGCCCUGGCCAUCGACACUCUGCUCAUCAGCGACGAGCUCUUCAGGCAUCAGGACGUGGCCACGCGGAGCCGCUACGUGCGGCUGGUGGACAGCGUGAAAGAGAAUGCGGGCACCGUCAGGGUGUUCUCCAGCCUUCACGUCUCCGGGGAGCAGCUCAGCCAGCUGACGGGAGUGGCCGCCAUCCUCCGCUUCCCCGUGCCCGAACUGUCUGACCCAGAGGAGGACUCCAGCUCUGAAGAAGAUUGAUGAUUGGGACCGUCCUGGAGACAGCCCUGCGCCUCCUUCAGGCUGCAUUUCCUCAGCAUCCUUGUGACAGAGGCUGCGUGGGCAGCACCGAGACUGUCACACGGGUCGGUCACACUGGGCAUUGUGUGGCUGGCAGGACAUGUAUUUAAAACUAAAUAAAUUAAAAGGAAAUGACCUUUUUGUACUACCAUUUUUAUUAAGUAGAAUAAUUUUAGAAAUCAUGAGUUACUUGCAGUACUUAGAAAAUUUUGUAUAAGGGUCCUUGUAUUUUCCUUGGGGUAUAUCAUAAAGGCCCAUCCUUUAUCCUUGGAAAUAGUUUUCCUUAGGAAAAGCUGUGAGUAUUCCGUUAUCCUCAGCGUACAGUGUUUGUUCGAUUUCUUCAUAGUGUUCUUGUACUGCCUUGGUGAUGAUCCCUUUCUCCCUGCUUCCCUUACACCCCAUUUCUUCCCUUUUUAAAUUUAUUUGUUAUUUUAAGUGAUAGCCAGGUUUUUUUCUUAAGAAGCUUGUUAAUCCAGUCAUGUUAAAAGUAAAUUCUUGAGGUUUUUUUGUCAUUAGAAUUCAUCAUAUUUGCUUCAGAGGAUCACUCAGUUCUUUUUAGAUCAUAGAACUGUGGUCUGGGGUGCUCAGGACCACAUGUUGGGAGUGUCCUUAUUUUUAAAACGAGACCAAGGUGUGUGAUCUGCUCUUAGGUUGCUAAUUAGUGGCAAAGCCGGAAGGAGUCUCGUCUGGGCUCGUCUCUUGCACUGCUCUGCUCUGUAUUGAUUCUUUUGCCUGUCUCGUUGUACUUAAUGCUGUUUCUGGGUGUUGUCACGUUCUUACUGGACUUUCUCUACAUCUGAUUUUAGGGGUGAGGAGUCUGUUCAGAAAGCUUGAGUGCGUUGUGUAGUGUAUGGCAGUGAACUUGUACCCCAGCACUCGACUGUGAUGCGGGAAUUUCUGCAAACACCUCGGGGUUUAAAAUGCUCUUUGUAUUUGGUUCUUAUGAUGUGCGUUUCUGAGCCUUAGGGAGGGAUCCGUGGAAUGGAAUUGCAGCGGGACCGUCUACAAACCUCAGCUUAGCGAUGAUUAGGAAAACCCUUAUGGAGAAAGAGUGAUAGUUUGUUUGAAACUCUAGGAUCAGUGGUGUCUCCUUCAAGUAGGGGUGGCUGUUCAGUAAAGGUUUGAUUUUCCUUUCUAAGUCUGGGCCUUCCUGUGGCUGUGAGUACCAGGCUUGGGGAUUUUUUAGAUAAACUUCCCAACUAAUCUAAACUUUUCAUCUGUAAUUAGGAAUAGAUACCUCUACAUGGUUUAAAACCACAUUUUCACAUAUGUACAUCCUAACCUGAAAAUAAGUCAGAUGAUUCCAUAAAUAUUUAACUUUCAAAUAUAUUAAAAGAAUGUUAUUAAAUAAUUUGGUAAGACUAUGCAAAUGAAGCCACCAAAAUUCUUGACAACUCGAUUAAUAAUCAUAUUCUCAGUAGGAAUGUGGAGAUUUGGGGCAUCUGUUACUCUCAUAAUCUGUGCAUUACUGGUUGUUCUUAGCUCUUAUUUACAGCAUAGGAACCAGGGAUAAUCUAACCAAUUCAUUUUAGGACAUAGGUUCUCAAAUCUGGCUGCGUGGGAGCUUUAAAAAUCAGCAACCAGAUUGGACCUCAGACCAUAUAACCUUUCAUCCCAGAAAUGCUGUUUUUUAAAAGCUCUCCAGGUGAUUCCAAUAGGCCUCAAGGCUGAGAACCACCGAUUCAGGCCUUGCUAUUCAAAAGUGCGGUCCAUGGCCCUCAGAAUCCGGGUCUCUACCCUACACCUGCCUACGGAGAUGCAAUCCAUUUUAAGGACAUUGCCAGUUGAUUGCUUUGCAUAACCAUCUAUAAAACUUCUUUAAGUGAAAGUGUGUUUUCAUGUCCAUAAAAUAUUUCAAUUGUCUUUAAGAAUUCUAUUUUUUUAAAAGUUACAUUUUAUAUGCAUAUUUUUUCCCUCCUCACCCAAGGAUAUGCUUAUUAAUUUUUAGAGAGGGGAAGGGCGGGAGAGAGGUUGGAAACACCCAUGUGAGAGAGAAACCUGGAACAGUUGCCUCCUGCGUGCGCCCCGACCAGGGACUGGCGGACAACCCAGGCAUGUGCUUGACUAGGAAUCGAACCCAUGACCUUUUGGUCUUUGGGAUGACACUCCAAUGAACCAAGCCACACUGGCCAGGACAGGUUACAUUUUAUACCAUUAUCAAGAAUAUAUUGAGUAAAUCUCCCUAGGUGCUUAGGUAGACAUGUCAAAAUAGUGAUAGGAGCAUAUAAAACAAAAAUUCUAAUAAUUAGUAUUUACUAUUCUCUACAAAACAAAAUGAACCAUAAUUCUUUGGAAAUCAUGGUCAGUAGUCUAUUCGGGCAGCAUGAAGAGGGGAGACCAUGUGGUAACAAAUGGAAACACAGUAACACCUGGGAAUAAUGCUAUGUUGCAUUACAAAUUUCCAUUCACCAUGGCACUUGUAAACAGGUUUUACCCCCCCCCCCACUAGGUGCAAGAAAUGAGGAGCUUGCCGAUUUGUAUCAUCUUACUCUAAAUAUGAUAAGUAAACAAGUUGCAUUCUGCAA